UCCCCUUCAGGUCCUCCUCAACACCCAACCGCAACCGGCAACCAAGAGGUGAGCUAGAGAGAGAAGGACUGCCAAACAUUGAAAGAAGGCUUCGGGAAGGAUUCCAGACAUGGUUCAGGAACUAUAUAAUGAGGCUGCAGAAUGAGGAUGGCAAAGAGGUUAACAAAGAUCUCUUUGCCUUGGCAUGUGGUCCUGAUUCGAGAGUCAGGAAAUACUCAUCAUGCAUAAUGAAUGGCAUUUGGUUUAGUACCGUGGACCGUGAUAACAGUAGGAGAACACAGAAUAGUGGAGUUGUGUCCGAAGGUAGGCAUGACAGGAAGGUCAUUGACUUUUAUGGAACCCUGAAAGAGAUCAUUCAGUUAGACUAUAACUUGGACGAUAGGUCAGUCGUUUUGUUUAAAUGUGAUUGGUUUAAGCUUCAUGGGAAGAAGACCGAACUUCAAAAUGAUGGAUUUUUUACAAGCAUCAAUGUGGUAAGUAUAUGGUACAAGGAUGAUUCUUUGAUUCUGGCUACUCGGGCUAAAAAGGUCUUCUAUUUGCCAGACACAAAGUUAGGGAAAAUUUGGGAAGUUGUCCAAACAUUCGACCAUAGGCAUCUCUUCAAUAUUAGUGAAACUGAGGGUGCACCUUUUGCUGCUCUUUCAUAUCAAGAGGAGUGUUGUGAUGAGGAUGUCAGGCAAAAAUCAGUUUCUGACCAUACAUCUGAGAAGCCUUUACAUAGAGAGGAUGAGCAAGGCGUUAUUUUUGAAGCUGAUGUAGUUGCCCGUUUGAUGAAAGACAAAAACACAGAAGUGUAUGGAAAUGAGGGCGAAGAUGAAGAAGAUAACACAGGUAUGGAGUACUGCAGCGAAAAUGAAGGAGGCGCCACAAUGGAUGUCGACAGCGAUGACGACUAGAUGUUUUGAUGUAGAAGUUUAUCGUGCAUCAAAGGGUAUCACCAGUCACAAGAUUCCAUCUCAGUGUCGUCAACGUACUGACUGCUUCCCCUCUGAAUACAUGUUUGCUCAUGCCUAAACAUGAUAUGAAUAGGAGUAAAAAAAUUGUAUGUGGUAUAUCCAGUUGAUGUAUCUGGAUUGGCUGUAAGGUAGCCAUUUAUGUUUAGAGUACUUUCUCGGGUUCACGCCAAAGGGAGAUAAUGGCCUUACAUGUGGGCCUGUAAUUUUGAUUUACUGUAGUGUAAGGAGAGCUGAUUGUGCUCACGUAUUGUGUUUUUUCGCUGA